AUAUAUAUAUCACGCAGGAGAGAGAAGAGACAAACACACACAGAGAAAGAGACAAACACGCGCGGAGAGGGAGGCUGAAUUGGUUUGUAAUUCACUUCGAAGGGUUCACAAUCCUAAUGGCGAAAGAACACAGCGAAGGAAGCUCUGUGGCCUUGGAUCUCAUCGACUUCUUAAACGCUUCUCCAACAGCUUUUCACGCAGUUGACGAAGCGAAGAAGCGAUUGACAAGUGCAGGAUAUGAGCAAAUUUCAGAGAGACGGGAUUGGAAUCUACAAACAGGAAAGAAGUAUUUUUUCACAAGGAAUCACUCUACAAUUAUCGCUUUCGCGAUUGGUAAAAAAUAUGUUGCCGGAAAUGGAUUUCACAUCAUUGGGGCUCAUACUGAUAGUCCUUGUUUGAAGUUGAAGCCUGUUUCGAAGGUAUCAAAAGGUGGGUAUUUGGAAGUCGGCGUUCAAACAUAUGGAGGUGGUUUAUGGUUUACAUGGUUUGAUCGUGACUUAACUAUUGCUGGAAGGAUGAUAAUAAGAGAAGGGACUGAUGCUUCUCUAUCCUACUCACACCGACUUGUUAGGCUUGAGGAGCCCAUAAUGCGAAUUCCAACUCUGGCAAUUCAUUUGGACAGGAAUGUUAAUGAAGAAUUGAAGGUGAACAAACAAAGUCAUCUUCUUCCAGUUUUGGCAACAUCAAUUAAGGCCGAGCUCAAUAAAGUGGUUGCUGAGAAUGGUCCUGGUGAAGAUGGAGUUCCAACUGAUUGCAAGAAGUCAAAAGCAAAAUCUGAAACUGAUGACCAAAAGCAUCAUUCACUGCUUAUGCAGCUUCUUGCAACACAGGUUGGCUGUAAACCAGAUGACAUAUGCGAUUUUGAGUUGCAAGCAUGUGAUACUCAACCAAGUCUUAUUGCUGGUGCUACAAAAGAAUUCAUUUUCUCUGGAAGACUUGAUAAUCUCUGCAUGUCAUUUUGCUCUUUACAGGCAUUGAUAGACGCCUCUUCUGAAAGUAGUCUUGAAGAUGAGACUGGUGUAAGAAUGGUGGCUUUGUUUGAUCAUGAGGAGAUUGGAUCUGAUUCAGCACAGGGGGCUGGAUCUCCAGUAUUGUUGGAUGCUUUAUCGCGGAUUACAAGUUCCUUCAGCCCGGAUUCCAGGUUCCUGGAGAAAGCAAUUCAAAGGAGUUUCCUUGUAUCUGCUGAUAUGGCGCAUGCCUUACAUCCUAAUUAUAUGGAUAGACAUGAAGAAAACCAUCAGCCCAAGUUGCAUGGUGGACUCGUCAUUAAACAUAAUGCAAGUCAACGCUAUGCAACUAACGCUGUAACUUCCUUCAUUUUUAGGGAGAUAGCAGCCAAGCAUAACCUUCCUAUUCAGGAUUUUGUGGUUCGCAAUGACAUGGCCUGUGGCUCAACCAUUGGUCCCAUUCUGGCAAGCGGUGUGGGCAUACGUACAGUUGACGUUGGAGCACCACAACUAUCGAUGCACAGCAUAAGAGAAAUGUGUGCAGUUGAUGAUGUGAAACAUUCAUACGAUCAUUUCAAGGCCUACUUCCAAGAGUUCUCUCAUCUUGAUGCCAAGAUUACUGUGGACAUCUAGGUCGUAGUCUUUCCAGGUUUAGCAUAAGCAGUUCCGCAUCUAGAUCCCUGCUUCGAACAUAUUUUUACUAUAUUUAUUGUAUCAUCAAAAGGUUGCCCAGUCAACCAAUUUCAUGUGCUGAAAUUGCUCUUGUUUACCUUUAUCAAGACUUGGUGAAACUAUAGUAGUGACCUUACAUCUAAUAUAAUUAUGAGCAAAACCAAUGUUCAACUAAUUUCUGUUGUGACAUUGGUGGGUAAAAACUUAUCGAACUGAAUUGAUUAAGGCUUUUGAAUUUGUGGA